ACACCCAAAUUCUCUUGGUUUACUCUCUUCUCUGCGAAUCAAAUAUAGGGUUUCAGCUCUUCACCCAUUUCCAUAAACCCAACCCACAGAAACCAACGCCUUUUCUUUUCAAGUAAACGAUGAAGAGAGCAAAAUUUGACUCGUUAGUGUCGCUGAGUCGACUUAGGCUGGUUCAGUUCUUGAUGGGGUUUUUGUUCCUCUACCUUCUGUUCAUGAGCUUCGAAAUCCCGCUGGUUUUCAAAACUAGUUCCGCGGGUUCCUAUACUGACGCAUUGCUCAGACCUUUGUUUCUCGAGAGCGAAGAGGACUUCACCGACAAAUCGGCACUUGCUCGGCCGGACGAUGACCCGAAACUCGUCCACCAAGCCGGAAGCCGGACACCUCCGCGGAGAAUGUCGGAGUUCAAGACUGUGUCGGGUCUUCUUUUCAACGAAAGUUCUUUCGCCACCAAUGAUUCUAUGGACGAGUUCUCGGUGCUCCACAAAACAGCGCUACACGCCUUCGUUGUCGGCAAGAAACUCUGGGACGACCUCCAGUCGGCUCAAAACAAAUCCAAUUCAGAAUCCGACCAGAAAAAUCAAAUGAAAAACCGAACCGAAUCAUGUCCAGAAUCAAUUACCUUAUCGGGGUCGGAGUUCGUGAACCGGGGCCGGGUCAUGGUCAUCCCCUGCGGGUUAACAUUAGGAUCCCACAUUACGGUUGUCGGGAUGCCGCAUUGGGCGCAUGCAGAGGAUGAUCCAAAAAUUGCAGUAUUGAAAGAAGGGGAUGAGUCAGUGAUGGUAACGCAGUUUAUGAUAGAACUGCAAGGGUUGAAGACUGUGGAGGGCGAGGAUCCGCCUCGCAUUCUUCAUUUUAAUCCGAGAUUGAAAGGGGAUUGGAGCGGGAAGCCGGUGAUCGAGCACAAUACUUGUUAUCGAAUGCAGUGGGGAUCUGCACUGAGGUGCGAAGGGUGGAAGUCUAGAGCUGAUGAGGAAACAGUUGAUGGACAAGUGAAGUGCGAGAAAUGGAUUCGAGAUGAUGACAAUGGCUCCGAAAACUCAAAGGCUACAUGGUGGUUGAAAAGAUUGAUAGGCCGAAAGAAUAAGGUCGCAUUUGAUUGGCCGUACCCUUUUAUGGAGGGAAAGUUAUUUGUUCUCACAUUGAGUGCUGGAUUGGAGGGUUAUCAUAUCAAUGUCAAUGGGCGUCAUGUUACCUCAUUCCCGUAUCGAACUGGAUUUUUGCUUGAGGAUGCUACUGGGCUAUCUCUAAAGGGUGACCUUGAUGUUCACUCCGUAUUUGCUGCUUCCUUGUCCACUUCUCAUCCAAGUUUUGCUCCACAAAAACAUCUUGAGAGGUUGAGUAAAUGGAAGGCACCUCCACUUCCCGGUGGAAAUGUAGAGCUUUUUAUCGGAAUCCUUUCUGCUGGCAAUCAUUUUGCAGAGAGGAUGGCUGUGAGAAAGUCCUGGAUGCAGCAUAACUUAUUAAAGUCUUCAAAAGUAGUUGCUCGUUUUUUCGUAGCACUGAAUGGAAGAAAGGAUAUAAAUGUGGAACUGAAGAAGGAAGCAGAAUAUUUUGGUGAUAUUGUUAUAGUUCCUUACAUGGAUAACUAUGACCUAGUUGUACUUAAAACAGUUGCCAUCUGUGAAUAUGGGGUCCGUACGGUGGCUGCAAAAUACAUUAUGAAGUGUGAUGAUGAUACAUUUGUCCGGGUGGACCCUGUGAUUAAGGAAGCAAAGACGCUUGGAAAUAAAAGCCUGUAUAUAGGAAAUAUAAAUUACUACCACAAACCCCUACGAGACGGUAAAUGGGCAGUAACGUAUGAGGAAUGGCCAGAAGAAGAAUAUCCUCCCUAUGCGAAUGGUCCAGGGUACAUAUUCUCAUCUGACAUUGCACAGUUUAUCGUAGAUGAGUUUGAGAAACACAAGUUGCGACUAUUCAAGAUGGAAGAUGUGAGCAUGGGGAUGUGGGUGGAAAAAUUCAACAGUUGGAAAGCAGUGGAGUAUCAACAUAGCACGAAGUUUUGCCAGUUCGGAUGCAUAGAGGAUUAUUACACCGCUCAUUACCAAUCUCCGAGACAGAUGAUAUGCAUGUGGGAUAAAUUACAGAAGCAAGGAAAGCCCCAAUGUUGCAACAUGAAAUGACAGCCAUUGAAGAAAGAAAUUAAUAGAAAAUAGUUUUCACUUACAAGUUCGAGUAAGGUAAACAGAGAGAACAAAUUUUGCGGUCAUGGUAGAUCUCUGUAUAAACGAGGGGCAUUUCUUACUCCAUCUCUUCCAUUUC